AAGAAAUUGACUGACAUGCAGACAUCUACUAUGAUAAAAGCUACAGCUCGCUCUGCUCCAGAUCGUGAACGAGAAAUAAACAACUUAGUUAGAAGAGCUGAUUUUAACAAUGAUGUAUAUGUUCAAGAAUUUGGUCUGACAAUAUCAAACAGUAUGAUGGAAGUUAGAGGUCGUGUUCUGCCUCCACCUAAACUACAGUACGGAGGGCGCGUAAGUUCCCUCAGUGGACAGACGAAGCAGCAGGCUAUACCUAAUGGCGGUGUUUGGGAUAUGCGUGGCAAGCAAUUCUUUACGGGUGUGGAAAUCAGAGUAUGGGCAAUUGCUUGCUUCGCACCACAAAGAACUGUACGGGAUGACGCAAUACGUAAUUUUAUAGCACAAUUACAAAGAAUAAGCAAUGAUGCUGGGAUGCCAAUUAUUGGGCAACCAUGUUUUUGUAAAUAUGCUACUGGGCCUGAUCAAGUAGAGCCCAUGUUUAGAUAUUUAAAAGCAACAUUUUCAUCACUGCAACUUGUUUGUGUUAUAUUACCUGGAAAAACGCCUGUAUAUGCUGAAGUUAAAAGAGUAGGAGAUACAUUGUUGGGCAUGGCAACACAGUGCGUACAAGCAAAAAAUGUGAAUAAAACAUCACCACAAACAUUGUCUAAUUUAUGUCUAAAAAUCAAUGUAAAAUUAGGUGGUAUUAAUAGUAUUUUAGUACCCACUAUUAGGCCGAAGGUGUUUGAUGAGCCUGUUAUAUUCUUUGGGGCUGAUGUAACUCAUCCUCCUGCUGGAGAUAACAAAAAACCUAGUAUAGCUGCAGUAGUUGCUAGCAUGGAUGCUCAUCCAUCUCGAUAUGCAGCUACUGUUAGGGUUCAACAACAUAGACAAGAAAUUAUUCAGGAACUUAGUUCAAUGGUGAGGGAACUUCUUCUUAUGUUUUAUAAAAGUACCGGAGGGUAUAAACCACUCAGGAUAAUUCUUUAUCGGGAUGGUGUCUCAGAAGGCCAGUUUUUACAUGUUUUGCAACAUGAAUUAACUGCUAUUCGAGAAGCUUGUAUUAAACUUGAAGCUGACUACAGACCUGGAAUAACAUUUGUUGUAGUACAGAAGCGACAUCAUACUCGCUUAUUCUGUGCUGAGAAAAGAGAUCAAAGUGGCAAAAGUGGAAACAUACCAGCAGGUACAACAGUUGAUGUUUGCAUAACGCAUCCAACUGAAUUUGACUUUUAUUUGUGUAGUCAUCAAGGUAUUCAGGGCACGUCUCGACCAUCACAUUAUCAUGUACUAUGGGAUGAUAAUCACUUUGAUAGUGAUGAAUUACAAUCUCUUACUUAUCAACUAUGUCAUACAUAUGUCAGGUGUACAAGAUCUGUUAGUAUACCUGCACCAGCAUAUUAUGCUCAUCUCGUAGCAUUCCGAGCCAGGUAUCACUUGGUAGAAAAAGAGCAUGAUAGUGGAGAAGGAUCUCAUCAAUCUGGCUGCAGUGAAGACAGAACACCAGGUGCAAUGGCAAGAGCUAUCACAGUUCAUGCAAACACAAAACGGGUUAUGUACUUUGCAUAAUUCUUCUUUGAACUUUUCUUAUACACAUGCAACUAAUACCACAAAAUGAUAAUCAUCAUAUCUUGCACGUGGAUAUUUCUAGACUA